AUGGUGAGGGUUGGGGGGGAGGCGGCGAUGAAAAGCGUGGGUGAACACUCGACAAGAAUCUUCUUCCACUCGAUUUAUCUUUUGCCUCCCGGAGCUUCAAUCCAAAAAGAAUCAGCAGCCGGUCCCGUGCCAGGCUCAAAAGGGAAGGCGCUCGGGGCACAGGAACGAUCCCCCGCUAAUCCCAAAGGGGACUGGCGGGAUCGGGGCAAUCCGCCAGGCGACGAGGUGUCGAGGUGUCGAGGCCGGCCAGACAGGCGCUCAGGCCAAGUUCAGGCCAGGUUCAGGCAGUCUCAGGUGUUGAAGUUGCCAUGGAGACUCCCGACGCCAAAAUGUCAACAGCGUCAAGCUGCGAUUCCCAGCUUCAGCCGGUUUGCGAACGGCUUCGAACUACUUAUUAGUCAACUAGUCAACACUGUUUGGUCUGGUUUCUCUGUUUCUUCCUUCUUCCCGUCACCUUCACCCCUCCCCCGUCUCCUUGUUUUUACUUCAUCCUCGUUGGUCCGGUGGUGGAUGGUGUGUUGGUUUUGUCUUCUUCACUUGCAAUUGUCUAUCCUGUCGAGCGUGCCGUCAUUGUUGCACAUCGCCCAUUUUCACCAUCUCGGUUGCCCUGUUCUGCCUACGAUCAGCAUCCCUUCGUUUGUCGGACCAAUUCUUUCGCAGUAG